AUGUCAAAAUUAAAUAUCUAUGUUUUUUUAAUUCUUUAUUUGAGUUUUCAAAAUAUAUAUAAAUGUAUUAAAAUAGGAAAACAACAAAACAAAGUGCAUAACAAUAACGUAAGAUUGGAAUCAAAAUUUGAUAAUUUGUCUUCAAAGUGGAGUAAUAAAGGAUAUAAUUUUAUGGAUCUUUUAAAAAAUGGAUAUUUAAAAAAUAAAGGAAAUUUAGAUGAUGUGAAAGAUAACCUAGCUGAUGAAUUAGCUAAUAAAAUACAAAAUAAAAUAGAAGAUUAUUUAAAAGAAGAAAAUAAUAUGGGUGAUAUAGAAAACUUUACUGAUGAAGAUUUAAAUGAUUUGAAAAUUUAUGUUAAAGAUAUUUCAGAAUAUGUUGGUUUGAAAGCAGCUGAUUUAUUAGACAAAAAUUUAGAAGAAGCACUUAAACCUAUUUUAACAAAGAAAGCUUUUGAUAGUUUUGAAAAUAACUUAAAUAAUAAAAUUAUAGACGAUGUAGAGUAUGAAGAAAAUCCAAACGAUGAAAAUGUAAAUGAAGAAACAGAAACGUUUGUAAAUGAGUUAGUCAAUGACUAUGAAAAUAAUCAGCUUGAUUCAUUAGAUCAAUAUGAAAAGGAAAUAAAAACACACAAUAAUUUAGACUAG